AUGGGACAGUUGUUAUCACAUCCAAUAGAAGAUAAAACCCUUGAUUACAAGGCUUUCCAAUCGCUUGCCUACUGUGUGGGGUCCAUGCAAGGGUAUCGAAUGACCAUGGAAGACGCUCACAAUGUUAAAAUUAAUGAAGACGAAUCUUUAGCAGUGUUUGGUGUUUUCGAUGGCCAUGGGGGCAAAGCAUGUGCGGACUAUAUUAGUGAUGUCUUACCUUCAAAGAUCUUUAAGAAUUUAAACUCUUAUUUGAAGAAAUCCCAUUAUAAUAACACAAGUGCUUUAAAUAAAGAUUAUGUUAAUCAAGUUUCAAAUGGAAUUUCGGAUUUGUCUACUUAUAUGAAAAUCAUUAAAGAUUCUUUCUUUGAAGUCGAUCAUGAUUUACCGGUACAAAAUAGUUUAAAUUGUGGUUCUACCGCCAUUAUAACCACCAUUGUUGCUAAUAAAUAUAUCAUUGUGGCUAAUACUGGAGACUCCCGCUCAAUAAUGUCUUUAAACGGUGGUGCUGCUAAAACAUUGAGUUUCGACCAUAAACCUUCGACCAUGAGUGAACGAGUAAGAAUCGAAAAUAGUGGGGGUUACGUGGUUAGUGGCCGAGUUAAUGAAAUCUUAGCGCUUUCAAGAGCUUUUGGUGAUUUCAAAUUUAAAUUCCCCUUUAUCGAAUUAUCUAAUUCAAUCAAUAAUUCAAAUAACAAAUACCUCGAAGCAAAUAAAAAAUAUUUCAAAGAUGAUUUGGUUCAUUUACCCCCAGAACUAUUUCAAGUUUCAGUGGAACCAGAUUUAUUGGUUUAUGAUUUAUCCUAUCUAAAACAACCAGAAUUCAUUGUUUUGGCCUGUGAUGGUAUUUGGGAUUGCUACACAAAUAAUCAAUUGAUUUCGCUUAUAAGAAAGAAAAUCUCCGAAGAUUGGAAAUUAAACCAUAUUACGGAAUUCAUCUUAAAUGACUGUAUUGGUAUGGCUUCAAGCAUAACCGGAAUCGGGUUUGAUAAUAUGACUUUAAUCAUCGUAGCAAUUCACACCAACGGUAAUAUCGAUGAAUGGUAUCAAAUAAUUAAAAAUCGGGUGAAAAAUGAAGAAAAAUUAAACUUAAAUAAUGAAAUUUCAACUACUAAUGAUAAUCGAAUUUAA